AUGUAUACAUCAGUUCCCGAACAAAUACAUCUGUCAUUAGGAGCAAAUCCGACUGAAAUGAUGGUCACAUUCACGACAUUCAGAAAAAGUGACGACUCUUUAGUGGCGUUCAGAGAGUUGUCUGAACACGAGUUUCGUGUCUCACAAUCAAGAGUUACUUAUUUCAGGGAUAAAAAGUAUAAAGCAUUUAUACAUCGGGCAAAAUUGACAGGUUUAACGCCCGGCGCUACUUACGAGUAUAAAUGCAAAACAGACGGCCAGUAUUCCGACAGUUUCUCAUUUAAAGUGCAUACGCCGGACACACCACUAAAAGUGGCCAUUUAUGGUGAUUUAGGUCUCAAGAACGGUGUCUCCACUCCUAAACUUAAAAAUGAUGUUCAAAAAGGACUCUACGAUACGAUAUUUCACAUCGGCGACAUCGCCUACAAUUUAAACAGUGAUGACGGGUCAAUUGGCGACGACUUUAUGAACCACAUUGAGUCAAUCGCAGCCAACGUUCCCUAUCAGGUCUGUGCCGGGAAUCACGAAAAGAAAAGAAAUUUUACACAUUAUUUGAAUCGCUUCUCAAUGAUUGACUCGAGAAGCGGACAAAUGAAUAACCAUUACUACAGCCAAGACAUGGGUUUCGCGCACUUCAUCUUCUUCUCGUCGGAGCACUACUUCUAUCCGAAAUAUUUCACGGAAUCGCAUAUCAAAUGGCAAUACGAAUGGCUGGAGAAUGACUUGAGAGAAGCAAACAAACCGCACAACAGAGCAAAACGACCCUGGAUUAUAACACUAGCGCACAGACCCAUGUAUUGUGUCGAGAAUAAUGAGAGAGAUUGCUUUGAAAACGAGUCGUUUCUCCGGAGGGGUAGAAGUGGCGAUGAUUUAGACCGAGAAAGCAAUUAUGGUUUAGAGGAUCUAUUCUAUAGACAUGGAGUGGAUAUACAAUUUUACGGACACAAACAUCUAUACGAGAGAUCGUAUCCGUUAUAUAACUUGAAAUCGUCGAAACGGACUGAUAUCUACACUAACCCUAAGGCACCCAUUCAUAUAACGACUGGCGUUGCCGGUACCACAAAUAGACCCAAUUCUGAUAUCGAGGAGAUUCUGCCCGAUUGGGUAGCAUUUUAUUCCCGAGACUAUGGCUAUACCCGUAUGAAUGUACAAAACAAGACACAUCUCCUCUUUGAACAAUACUCUGCAGAAAAUGACAAAAUUGUGGAUCAUUUUGUUGUUUCGAAAGACAAGCAAAAUUUCCCUCGAGAUUAGUUCAUUUUGAUAACAUGAUCAAAAUUUCAUAUUAAAAC